CAUGGCGGGAAGCGAGCCGCGCAGCGGAAGUGGCUCACCUCAGCCUCACCACAGCGACUGGCGCCGCCUGGAGGCUGCUAUCCUCAGCGGUUGGAGGAACUUCUGGCAGUCGGUGGGCAAGGAGAGGGCGGCUCCGAGGCCCUCCCCAGAGGAGGCGGACGAGGAGGCCAGCUCGCUAACGCGGCUGCCGAUUGAUGUACAGCUAUAUAUUUUGUCAUUUCUUUCACCUCAUGAUCUAUGUCAGUUGGGAAGUACAAGUCAUUAUUGGAAUGAAACUGUACGAGAUGCAAUUCUGUGGAGAUAUUUUCUGUUGCGGGAUCUUCCUUCUUGGUCUUCUGUUGACUGGAAGUCUCUUCCAGAUCUAGAAAUCUUAAAAAAACCUAUAUCUGAGGUCACUGAUGGUGCAUUUUUUGACUACAUGGCAGUCUACAAAAUGUGCUGUCCAUAUACAAGAAGGUCCUCAAAAUCUAGCCGUCCUAUGUAUGGAGCUGUCACCUCAUUUUUACACUCAUUGAUCAUUCAGAAUGAACCACGAUUUGCCAUGUUUGGACCAGGUUUGGAAGAACUAAAUACAUCUUUGGUGUUGAGCUUGAUGUCUUCCGAGGAGCUUUGCCCAACAGCUGGUUUGCCUCAGAGGCAGAUUGAUGGUAUUGGAUCAGGAGUCAGUUUUCAGUUGAGCAACCAACAUAAAUUCAACAUCCUAAUAUUAUAUUCAACUACAAGAAAGGAAAGAGAUAGAGCAAGAGAAGAACAUACAAGUGCAGUUAACAAGAUGUUCAGUAUACAGAAUGAAGGGGAUGAUCAACAAGGAAGCCGGUACAGUGUAAUUCCACAAAUUCAGAAGGUGUGUGAAGUUGUUGAUGGGUUCAUCUAUGUUGCAAAUGCUGAAGCUCAUAAAACUUUCUCCAUUUCCACUGCUUCACCAAGGAUGAAAGAAGCUAUUGGGUUGCUUUGCUCCCAAGAGAGCUGGAACAUUGGUCUUCUCCUGCCUUCACACUUGGACUUGGACAGGAACUACACCAUUGGCUUUAUUGGGUCUUCACCAGAUUUCUGGGUUCAACUGCAGAUCUUGGAACUUUGCAGUCUCCAUAAUCACCAAUGAUAACCACAAUGAACAGCAAAAAGAUGAACAUGAAGAUAUAAAUGACAGCAUCAAAAUCGUAAAAUGUAUGGGAGAAGAGUAAGAAAAUGUAAAUUUUUUUUUCUAGAAUGUGUUUGAGCCUAUAUGACUACCAGUCUAAAGCAAGUAGAUAUAGAAAGGGUUUAACAUACUUGAAAAACAGGGCAACCACAAAUCAAAAACAUACAUUAGGUUCACAAAAACCAAAAAGAUGAGAAUAUUAGCAUAAUACAAAAGAAAAUCAUCAAACCACAAAAGGAAAAACAACAAAAAAGAAAGGGACAAAGAAGAAAUAUAAAAUCCAGAGGAAAACAAGGUUUGAAAUGGCAAUAAAUACAUAUCUAUCAAUAAUUACCUUAAAUGUCAAUGGACCAAAUGCUCCCAUCAAAAGACACAGAGUAGCACUGGAUAAAAAAACAAGAGCCUACAAUAUGCUGCCUACAGGAGACCCACUUUACGGCAAAGGACACACAUAGAUUGAAAGCGAGGGGGUGGAAGGAGAUAUUUCAUGCAAUGGAAAUGACAGGAAAGCAGGGGUAGCAACACUCAUAUCAGACAAAAUAGACUUUAAAACAAAGGCCAUAAAGAAAGAUAAAGAAGGACACUAUAUAAAGAUAAAAGUAUCAAUACAAGGAGAGGAUUUUACCCUCAUCAACAUAUAUACCUCUAAUAUAGGAGCACCCAAAUAUGUAAAACAAAUAUUAACAGACAUAAAGGGAGAAAUUUACAGGAAUACAAUAAUAGUAGGAGACUUUAUCACCCCACUAACAUCAGUGGACAGAUCUUCUAGACAGAGAAUCAAUAGUGAAACAGAGAUCCUAAAUGAUACAAUAGAAGUUACACUUAAUUGAUAUUUUCAGGACAUCACAUCCAAAACAAACAGAAUACACAUUCUUUUCAAGUGUACAUGGAACAUUCUCUAGAAUUGACCACAUACUACAGCACAAAACAAACCUCAACAAAUUUAAGAGUAUAGAAAUUAUCUUAAGCAUCUUUUCUGACCACAACAGCAUGAAACUAGAAAUCAACCACAGAAAAAGAACUGAGAAAAAAAUAAUUACAUGGAGACUAAACAGUAUGCUACUAAAAAAACCAGUGGGUCAACAAUGAAAUUAAAAAAUACUUUGAGGCAAAUGCCAAUGAAAACACAACCAUAUAAAAUCUACAGGAUGCAGCAAAAGCAGUUCUUAGAGGGAAGUUCAUAGUGAUACAGGUCUUCUUUAAGAAACAAGAAAAAUCUCAAAUAAACAACCUAACCCACCACCUAAAAGAAUUAGAAAAAGAAAAAGAAAACCCAAAGUCAGCAGAAAAAAGAAGAUAAUAAAGAUCAUAGAAGAAAUAAAUAAAAUAGAGAUUAAAAAUCAUAGAAAAAAAUCAAUAAAACCAAGAGCUGGUUCUUCAAAAGGGCAAGCAAAACUGACAAACCUUUGGCCAGGCUCAUCUAGAAGAAAAGAGAGAAAACCCAAAUAAAAUAAGAAAUGAAAGGGGAGAAAUCACAACUGAUACUGCAGAAAUACAAAAAAACAUAAAAGAAUGUUAUGAACAUUUAUAUGCCAACAAAUGUGACAACCUAGAAGAAAUGGACAAAUUUCUAGAAACAGCCCACCAAAACUCAAUCAAGAAGAAAUACAUAACUUUAAUGGACUGAUCACUAGAAGUGAAACAGAACCUGUAAUUUAAAAAAAAUCCCUAUAAACAAAAGUCCAUGACCAGAUGACUUCACAGGUGAAUUCUACCAAACAUACAAAGAAGAACUUAUACUGAUCCUUCUCAAACUCUUCUAAAAGAUUGAAGAAGGAAACUCCCAAAGACAUUCUAUGAAACCACCAUCACCCUUAUACUAAACCAGAUAGACACUACCAGAAAAGAAAAUUAUAGGCCAAUAUCUUUGAUGACUAUAUAUGCAAAAAUUCUUAACAAAAUAUUAGCAAAUAACAACACACAAAAAAGAUCAUACACCACGACCAAGUUGGAUUCAUCUUAGGGUCACAAGGAUGGUUCAACAUAUGCAAAUCAAUCAAUGUGAUACACCACAUCCACAAAAGGAAAGACAAAAACCACAUGAUCAUCUCAAUAGAUGCAGGUAAAGCAUUCAAUAAAAUUCAACAUACAUUCAUGAUAAAAACCCU